AUGCCCGUCGCCGACCCCAACGCCCUCAAUGCAUCCGGCUUGAGCGCGUCCGAGUCGCAGAAACUCAAGGAGAGGAGCCCGGAGGCUCACGAGGAGAAGAUCCUACAGGCCAUCAAGGAGCUGUACUCUUCCAAGGCCUCCGAGAGGUCGUAUGAAAUAUAUGCGCCCGAAGCUGUCUUCCAUGACCCCGUUGGCAUCGCCGAGGGCAUCAAGGCCGUGCGCGAGCAGUUCAACGGGCUCGCCAAGCUGUUUCCGCGCGCAGACAUACCCAAAUUCCGUCUCCUGGAAAACCCAUCCUCCGUGCCGAAGAGCAAGAUCCUGAUCGACCAGGAUGUCGCGUACUACCGGGACCCCAAAGCGUCUUCCCCUACAAAGACUGUGAACUCCCUCCUCACGCUGGAGACGAACAGUGAGAACAAGGUUGUCAGACACACUGAGGAGUGGAACCACCACCGCGAGACUACCUCGGAAGACGGUUUCCUGGGCAUGUUGAACGAGAACAGGAAGAAGAUAACUGCGACCGUCACUGGGAUGUUCAUCAGCCAGGAGCCACCCGUGAAGAACUGA